AUGUUCAAUCGGCUCACGUCAGGUAAUGGUGGGUUUGGAAAAUUCGACCAACAAUCAGAACAAGAGCAACCAAAUGAAUUAAAAAAAGGAGUCUGCAGUUCAGUUUUAGCAAAGAAGUAUGGUAUUGCAAAGUCUACAAUUUUCUCUAUAAAAAAACAGAGUCAAAAACUUAGUUCUACUAAUGCUAAUUCAUUUGGUGGCCUAGGUAAACGAAAAACAAUGCGCACUGGUGAAUUCUUUAAGCUAGAAAAAAUGUUGUAUGAAUGGUUUUUAGAAGGCAGAAAAAAAAAUAUACCGAUUGAUGAUGACUUUUCUGCUAGUUCUGGUUGGCUCCAAAAAUUCAAAAAAAGACACGGAAUUCGAUUUAUAAAAAUUUGUGGUGAAAAGUUGUCUUCUCAAAAAGAACUUGUAGAUCCUUUUUUAAUCAAAUUAGCAGAAAAAAUAAAGCAGCUUAAUCUAGCGCCGGAUCAAAUCUACAACGCGGAUGAAACAGGCUUAUAUUGGAAACUGAUUCCGGAUAAAACUUACGUUUCAAACAAAGAAAAAAAUGCGCCUGGCCGAAAAGUUUGUAAACAACGUUUGACAUUUUUAGCGUGCACGAAUGCGUCUGAUUAUGAUUCUUCAAAAUCAGCUUGGAUGACUUGCUCAAUUUUCAAAACAUGGUUCGACACAAAAUUUAUUCCUCAAGUGAGAUGCUACCUUGAACAAAAAGGUCUUCGUAAAACAGCUCUUCUUUUGCUUGACAAUGCUCCAAGUCAUCCACCUGAAGAUGAACUCAUAAGUGAUGAUGGUCAAAUCAUUACAAUGUUUAUGCCGCCUAAUGUUACUGCCCUAAUCCAACCUAUGGACCAAAACUGUAUUAGAAUCACAAAAUUGAAAUACAGAAAUCUACUUCUGUCCCACAUAAUCGCAAAUAAGGCUGAAGAUUUAGAAUUUAUAUUGAAAAAAUUUAACCUUCGUAAUGCUGUUACAAACUUAUCGAAAGUUUGGGAAAGUUUAGAACCUGUAAUGAUAGCUAAGUGUUGGAAAAAAAUUCUUUCUACUUCUUUCGAUAAUGAAUAUGAUUCUGAAGAUGAAAUCCCAUUAAUAAAUUUAAAAUCCCAAAUGUUUUCAAAUCAGGAAAUGAACAUUACAAAAUCAUUAUUUCAGAAGAUUUGUCCAAAUGCCAACUUAUCAUCAAAAGAUAUUUAUACGUGGAAUGAAGAUGUAAACUUAGAUGAUGAAACUCCUGCUGUUGAAAUUGAAUCUGAUGAUACUGACGUAUCUGAAGAGGUAGUAGAAGUUCAAACUAAAAUGAGUCAUUCUGAUGGAAUCAAAGCCAUCAACGACUGUUUGAAAUACGCAUUAGAAAAUCGUGCAACAAACGAAGAAAUUUCCGUUUUGAAAAAUAUUCGAGAAAGAGCUGUUUUGGAGCAAAGUAAGCAAACAUUUAAAGAAUGCAAGAUUACAGAUUUUUUCAAAUGA